UUAUAAAUACACACCAUCUCUGUGGAUGUUUGAUGAUGUUGUUUUUGUUAAGUUAGUGUGUGUGUGUGUGUGUGUGUGUGUGUGUGUGUGUGUGUGUGUGUGUGGGUGUGUGUGUGUGUAGAGUACGUGAAGAAAGAGAGAGACAAAAACAGAGAAUGUGAGCCUUUGAAUGUGCAUGUUUGUCCUCAGUUUGUGUACUGUACUGUACAUUUACACACACACACAUCGAUGGCUCUUUUGAGACAAAAGGCCCUCUUGUGGUUUGUUCAAACACUGAAAUCCCUCCUGAAAAACAGUCUCAGCACUUUGUCACCCGAUGGGAAUUAACUCAACUAAUGAUGCCAACACUUUUCAGAGACAUACACUACUUGCUCAUAUUGCUCACAUGAGUUUGUCACAGGAAAUAAAGUGGAGCUAUUGAAUAACCUCAUUACUGUGAACAUAUUACGCUGAUAUGACCUUUUAUUUCACUCUUUUUAUUAAUAUAAUACACAAAUGUAACCCCUUUACAUAUAGUUUGGCCCUUUUAUUUACUCUUCAGUACCUUUCAGGCUGUUUAAACCAUGUAAUUCCUCACUGUCUACUUGCCAAAAAUGUUUAAUUAGACCACGAUAUUACACAGUUAUUGUUUUUGUUGCCCACUGUUAUAACCCCACAAUACAUCCAGUAUUAAAGCCAAAGGGAGUGUAUAGUAUUGCAGACUUUAAUGAGGCAAUAUUUUGACUUUUAAGGUCUUGGGUUUUGCUUAAUAAAAAGCCUUGAUCAAAAAUUGUGAGUGUAAAAGCAACGUAAAGUAGUUGAGGUAGUUGAAGCCACCUUGCCAUUUUAGAUAUUUCCCCAUGUUUUUAUGCUAAGCUAACCAGCUGCUGGCUGUAGCUUCAUAUAUGAAAAUGCAACAUACUCAUCUGUGAGUAUGUUGCAUCAAAACUAUUCAUACCAGCUGUGAAUUUGGAACAAAUUGUUAAUAAAAAUUUAAAUCCACAGAAAGCACCGAACGAAUGUAUUAAUAGGUUAAAACACCAUAGUCACACAAACUAACAGGGUGAUGAGAAACAUAAACAACAACAGGUCUGCAAUAGUUGUGACGUGAUGCCUUUAUUUUAAGCUGAGAGAAAUAGAAGAAAAAAAAGAGAAAAAAAUAUGUUGUUUUCUUGCUGCGUAAUAAUAAAUGUAAUAGUAUGUUUCUGUUUGAAAGUACAGAUGACACAAACCUCAGUUCAAAAGAUAUCUAUUGACAUGCAAAUUAAAAACACCCUGAGUGUGUAAAGACCUUUAGAUGAAUGAUACUCUUGAUGUCGGUGCACUUGGAGCUGGAGUCAGGAAGUGAAUUAACUUAACGUAAAGGCUGAAAGAAGCUAAAAACAUCUAGUCUGGCUCUAUCCAAAGUUAUUUCUUGCUGACCAGUGGCAUCUCUGUUUGUGUUUGUGUACGGAUUAAACACAAAAGAUAGUAGGCUACAUGUUAAUUAGUGAGCUUUAAAAGUGCUGGGUUGGGGUAUUUUUGGACAGAGCUAGGCUAGCUGUUUCCCCGUUUCCAGUCUUUGUGCUAAACUGAGCCAAUUCCCUCCUGGCUGUAGAUUCAUAUUUAAUACAGACAUGAGAAUGCAACGUCUGCUGGUUGUUUUAAGAUCCUGUAUUGUAACAUUAUUCUAAGAUGAUUUAAUUUCACUUUUUAAUCCACGUUCUCAGACGCUGUAACCCUUUCCCAUAUACCUGCUCUGUUCUUUUAUCUGUCCUCUUUGUGGCUGCACUGUCAGAGCAACCAUCUGUGCACAAGCCCACCACCGUCCAUAAGACACCUGUCAAGAGGAGUCAGUGCUACGUUUCACUUUCUAAAGAUGAUGAUAUUUGAUAGGACACAGUCACCGACACAUUGGGCCAAUGAAUGAUUGUUUUCUGAUAAAAGACCUCAGUCUCUUUAGCCUCCAUGAUCACUCCAGACCAUUUCCAUCCGGGUGUGAAGAAACUGAGCUUUCAAUGAAGGAUCUUGGAAAUACAACAUACAGCAGUUUCUUCUCUGUGAAAAGGAAGACUUUGGAACACAUUCAUAAGGUAAAGCGUCAUGUAGCAUUAGAUAUUUCUAUGGGAACCUUGCCAUAGAAACCUUAUGCUGGAGGAUUCCCUCUAUGUAAUGGUUACAAUAUACACUGUCACAGUUUUCCACUCAGAGGUGUAAAGGUAUCCCAUCAAUAGUGGUGUGUGUUUCAGUCAACAGGAUAUUUGAGUAACUGAAGAUAUUACAUUGUUAGUGAACCAAGCUUCUAUUUAUAGUAAAAACAUCACUCAUAUACUUUAAAGAAUACAUAUUAGUGGUAUUGCUAUUUUUUCUGCUUAUAUGACAUUCAAAUAUAAACAUCUAAAGAAUUAACCGUUAAUCUGUUAGAGCCUGCCUAAUCAGAACUAAUAAGAUUCAAAUGUUUUGAUGAGAGUUGUUAUUCGUAUUAUGCUAAUGAGCCGUGCGUAGAGCCCCCCAAGAGCCUCCUGGGAAAAAUAAAUAAAUCAAAAUGCUAUUUUAGUGCUAAGGUGGCUGACAAUACCGAGGCAAUACACCACAGAUGACAGGGCUGAGUCAGCAGGAUCGACAUGGCGCCCCCUGCUGAGGACUUCUACUGCCGUCAGUUCCUGCCCAACACCUUUGACCCCUCACGCUGCAGCUCCUGUCUGCGGCCGGAUCAUAUGCACCUCAGCUGCAACACUACGGCAGCUCCUCCUCAACAGGAUGGUUCACAACAGUGGGAUGCAGAUGAUGAUAAUCGUCCCCCGUCUGAGGUGACCACAAGUGCCAGUAGUGAUGAGGUCAGCGGGGGUUGGACCUAUGAGUGGAGUCUGGUCCACAGUCUGAGUCCUGAGUGGGAACUUAAUAUCUGUGACACUGACAUACAAUCCAGCUCUCCAAAUCAGUGGGACUGUCCAGAGAGGAGCAGAUCCCUCAGUCCAGAGAGGCUCUGCGUGGCCCAAAGAGAUAUGACCCGGUUGGACCCUUCACCUCACCGUGGCACUGAAAGAUCCUGGAUGGAUGAGAGGAGGGGCAGAGACAGGUCCCGCCGGGCAUCAGAGUCCAGAGGAGACAGAGAACAAGAGAGUGGCUACUUCUCUCCAGACAGAAAAGGUGAUGGUGAGCGGCAGAUGGAGGAAACCAACAAACGACAGCAUCGUUACUAUGAAAGGGGGCAUCCUCUUCCUAGCAAUUAUGUUCUUGAGCCCAAAGCCUGCGUCCCCUACAGGAAUGUCAACCUUGGCGUGCCCUCCCAGAGGAGGAACCCAGAGACGUACAUGCUGGAAGUUUGGAGAAGUGAAUCCCCAGAGAGAUACACAUACCACUCCAACUUUAGGCGAGGAACUGAUUCAGAGAGGAAUUCACCAACACGUCACAGCUCUGUGAGCCCUGACCGCUACAAGUUAACUGAAUCUCCUGUGGAAACCCAGCGAAGGAGCUCCCUCUCCAGGAGUCAGGCCCGGUCUCACGCCUCCUCUCAUGGCUCCUCUCAGCUUCCAUCACAUGGUCCUUCUCGGCAUACAUCUGGCAGGUCCAGUCCAUCCCGAAGGAGAGGGUCCAUUGCCUCUCGGAUGGUCUCACCCUCUAGAGCCACCCCUUCUCACAGGCACACGGACUCUUACCAUUUACAGAACGGUGAAUAUGAGGCUCAAAAGGGAUGCAGUCGAGAGUCAAGGAGUGGUUCACAAGCUUCAAACAAACACAGCUUGGACUCUGAGAAACUCUACAGGAAUCUGGAGUCUAUCUCACGCCGUGGAUCCUCGGCCAUCAAGCAAAAGUCAUAUGAGGGAUCUCAAGCAUCUCCUCGAAUCAGAACAGCUGUCAACAGCUCGGCCAACACUCGCUCUCACAACAGCCGUGAAGUAUCACCACCCAGGAAUGGCUACAGUACACACAGCCCAACCCCCCAAAGGGAGCCCUGCUCCAGAGAUAGCAGACUGAGUCCUUCUCAAGAGUCCUGGCAAGGGUCCUCACACUCUUUACUCAGCCUCCCACCCUCUCGUGGUUCCUCCACAUCAAGACGAGGUGCAGACUCUCAGGGGCUUGGUGGUUCACUGUCCCAUGUUGCAAUCACAGAGACUGAUAAUGGCAAUGAGGGGAACAAUGUGGUCUGCGGUGGCAGAAGUGUGAGCAACAUGAGGCGAGGCAUGGAGGCCUUACUUAUCUCUGAACCUAAAAAGGCUGCAGUAGAAGCAGAGGAGGUGACGAUGACCAUAGACGACUACAUUGUCCUGGCUGAUAUUCCAAAGAUCCAGCUGGAGUCAGAGGAAGAGAUUCCAGGGCUGAGGAGGAGGAACCAGAGUCCCAGCCCAUGCAGGGACCAGAAGCUGAGGACUUACAGGUAUCAAGAUGAAAUAGACAUCUACAGUUCAAGGCUUGAGUCAGAUGAGAGGGGGAGAGGCAGAGAGAGAGGCAGAGACAGACGAGAGAAAUGUCGGGACUCUGAGAAUGGACGUUCAUCUCGGAGACAGUCAUCCGCAUCUGUUCAUACACAAAUUUCAGAUGAUCGAAGUGGAAAACACAGAUCUUCAAAGGUGAAGGAGCGAGCUCCUCCUGAACGCCCACAGACACAGGUGAGCACGGCCCCAUGA